AUGGUUAUCCCGUUCCUGAGGGGAACAGCGUUUGAGCAGCCGCCGCCAGAUUUGGCCUCGUUCCUUUACAAGAACAGGAUCGUGUACCUGGGGAUGUGCCUCGUGCCGUCGGUGACGGAGCUCAUGCUAGCCGAGUUCCUCUACCUUCAGUACGAGGACGCGGAGAAACCCAUCUACAUGUACAUCAACUCCACCGGCACUACCAAGGUCGGCGCUUCUGCUCCACUUAUUGCUACAUAUGAUUGUUGCUACAGAAAUGAGCGUGUCUCCGAAACCUCCUUCUAG